GCCGAUACUGAAAGAUCCUAAUCAUCCUAUUGGAGGGGUGGGAGCAAACCGGCGCAGAGGACUUUUCUACUACUUUGGUGAGCUAAAACCUCCGCAGCAGCUCUCGGGAAACUCCGGCUCCGCCGCCGGGUCCGGCUUUCCCUAACCAGAUUUGUUCUUUAUGCAACUCGAUCAUUCACGUCCACUCGCCUCCUUACAAAAUGCGCUCUAAGGAAAAGAUCUCCUACUUCUACGACGGGGAUGUUGGAAGUGUAUACUUUGGGCCGAAUCAUCCAAUGAAACCACAUCGGCUUUGUAUGACUCACCACCUUGUUCUAUCUUAUGAGCUUCACAAGAAGAUGGAAAUCUAUAGGCCUCACAAGGCGUAUCCUGCUGAGCUUGCACAGUUUCAUUCGGCAGACUAUGUGGAGUUCUUGCACCGGAUUACACCUGAUACUCAACUCUUAUUCCCUAAUGAAUUGGCAAAAUAUAAUCUUGGAGAAGAUUGUCCAGUCUUUGAAAACUUGUUUGAGUUCUGUCAGAUUUAUGCUGGUGGCACAAUAGAUGCUGCACGCAGAUUGAACAAUGGGAUUUGUGACAUAGCCAUUAAUUGGGCUGGUGGAUUACAUCAUGCUAAGAAGUGUGAGGCAUCUGGAUUUUGUUACAUCAAUGACUUGGUUUUGGGGAUUUUGGAACUACUAAAAUAUCAUGCUCGAGUCCUGUACAUUGAUAUAGAUGUACAUCAUGGUGAUGGUGUUGAAGAAGCAUUCUACUUUACGGACAGGGUGAUGACUGUUAGUUUUCACAAGUAUGGAGAUCUGUUCUUCCCUGGAACUGGUGAUGUUAAGGAAAUAGGAGAAAAAGAAGGAAAAUUUUACGCCAUAAAUGUCCCACUGAAGGAUGGAAUAGAUGAUGCCAGCUUUAAUCGGCUUUUCAAAACGAUUAUCGCCAAGGUUGUUGAAACGUACUUGCCAGGAGUCAUAGUUCUCCAAUGUGGGGCAGAUUCGCUUGCUGGUGACCGCUUGGGAUGCUUCAACCUCUCCAUUGAUGGCCAUGCUGAGUGUGUCAGGUUUGUCAAGAAAUUCAACUUGCCCUUACUGGUAACAGGAGGUGGGGGUUACACGAAAGAGAAUGUCGCCAGAUGUUGGACUGUUGAAACUGGAGUUCUUCUGGAUACUGAUCUUCCAAAUGAGAUCCCAGAGAAUGACUACAGCAAAUAUUUUGCACCAGAGAAUACACUGAAGAUUCCGAGUGGGUACAUAGAGAACUUAAAUACCAAGUCAUAUAUUAGUACGAUCAAAAUGCAAGUUUUGGAGAAUCUUCGAUGCAUUCAACAUGCUCCCAGUGUACAGAUGCAAGAGGUUCCACCUGACUUCUACAUUCCAGAUUUUGAUGAAGACGAGCAGAACCCAGACGAGCGUGUAGAUCAGCACACACAAGACAAACAAAUCCAGCGCGACGAUGAAUAUUAUGAAGGCGACAAUGACAUUGAUCAUACUAUGGAUGAUGUGUAAAGUUAACCUCUGACAAAAAAACAUUUUGGCGGUCAAGAAGAUCAGACUUACAGAUGUAGACAUAUGUAGCAUUGGAGAAGUAGAAACUAAUGCCAACGUUAUUGGUUUUUGUUGCUCUUGUAAAUCUGAUCCUUGUUAAAGUACCAUGCAAUUUUAGCUAAAAAACUGAGGCUCCACAGGUGGUAUGUGUAAUGGUAUUGGGCUUUAUUAGAACUUGUGCAGCCAUUGUAAAAAUCUUUGCAAAACCCUUGCUCUGUUAGAAUCGUUGUGUAUCUUGAAGUGGUAAAUAUAGGUUAAUAGCUGUAAUACUGCAAUUUGGUGAAGUCUAGAUUCCUUCAAAAGCUUUUCAAGAUGAAUCAAACCAAUUUCAUGAUGUUA